CCACUCCUUUCUCUUCACAAAACCACACCUUACAAUCCCUUGAAUAAAAAAAUUAAAACCAAUAAUUAAUUACAACAAUGGCGAGUGUGUUGAUGAAGAUAGCUUGUAUGGUGGUGGCGUGCAUUGUGGUGUUAGCACCACAUGCAGAAGCUAUCACCUGUGGUCAGGUGACAAGCAAUUUGCUUCCUUGCUUGAACUACCUAAGGAGCGGCGGGCCAAUUCCCGCAAAUUGUUGUAACGGUGUUAGAGGACUAAACAAUGCGGCUAGAACUCCCGCAGACAGGAAAACCGCUUGUGGUUGCAUAAAGAAUGCUUAUAAUGCCUUCCCUGGUAUAAACGGAGGCAAUGCCGCUGGUCUCCCCUCUAAAUGUGGUGUCAAAAUUCCAUACAAGAUCAGCCCGAGUACCGAUUGCUCAAAGGUUCAGUAAAUUUUUGGAGUACGAAGAUCGAGCAAGAUUAAGCAAUGAGAUUCCGUAUGUGUUGUAUUUCUGUAUGUUAGUACUAAUAAAAAAAAAAUGAGGAUGUUAACAUUCAGUUAUGUCCCUUUCUGUAUUAAUAUAUUGUCUUGUUCUUAUUAAUCAUGUACUCGGCUUUGAUCGAUCAAUUAAGAAUAUUUAAAGUUUUA